CCACAUCAGUGAUGUUGUUACAGAAACACUCAUCAUAUAGUCUACUAUAUAUACUAUAUACUCAUCAAAUAGUCCGUGUGCGCGGUGUGGUUUGGCGCUGCUGAUGCGCGCGAGUUUUCAAAGUGGGCGAGUCCGCGGCUCUUAAAGGAGACGUCCAACCGGCUGCGUUAGCUUUGUGCCUCUCAAAGUCUACUACCUGGCUUAAAUUACACGCAAACUGGCGUUAAACUGUUUUAUUGCCUAACGAGUCUACAUCUUUGAUCACACGAUUUGAGGUGGAUGUUUUUUUUUAAGCAUAGCGAGGUGUUUUUUUUGUUUUGGGGGUGAAGCUCGUUGCUGCUAAGGCGAGCUAACAUGGCCAGGUUACCUCUUGUUAGCUAGCGCCACUGCUUUGUAUUGUAAACAGUAGUGUGGUUAGCAGUUAAUGCCAUCUAAUAAAAGAAUAAGCAGCUCACAAAAAGAAACCAUCGUCUCAUUCAUGCCAACAGAGCACCGUGCUCCAGCAGGCUCUGCAUCAUGUCUAUUGAUUUUGACAGUGCUGCUCUUCAAACCCAGCAUGAUGAAGAGGAAUACGAUCAGGAAGACUAUGCAAGAGAGCAAGAGCUGCAGAAACUGCUCACAGACCUGCCCGAUGACAUGCUGGAGGACAGCAGAGACUCCUCCCCGGAGCUGGAGUACUCUACCUGCAGCAAUAAAAACACUGGCAACAGCCCACAAUCCACAUGGACUCCACAAUGGUCAGCUCAUCCAAGGCCAACCUCUCAUGAACAGAACUAUGAAGCUGACUAUGAUCAACGCUCUCAUGAUGAGUACGCUUAUGAAGAUGCAGCUGCUCAGAUUAAUGGACAUCAGAGUCACCCUCAAAGUCAACAUCUGCCUCACGCCUGGAACCAGCAGUCACAGGAUCCUCAGUACACUCAGGGAGAUUAUACAUACACCAGCAUGGGCACAGAAAAAUCUACGGAGACCAAUGAUUUCUCAGCCGACGAGUAUGAGUCCAAACCACUCUCUCAAGGCACAAAUCAUGCAGUAGUGUAUAAUGGAGGAGGAGGGUGCAGAGACAACCAAAACUACGGGGACCACAACAACGCCAGAAACCAUUUUCAAGAUUUAAAAACCGGACCGGGGGUCAGAGUUGUGGAUCAGUACAAGGCCAGCUACAAUCCUCACCAUCCUGCCCAUCAGCCAAAGAUGUUUAACUCACAAGUCGCUCUCCAGGAAGGUCAACUUAACCAUCUGCAACGAGAAUUCCUUGACUCGACACAACAAACUGCUGAUAGGGAGCAGCUUGCUCAGCUGCAGAUUUUAAACAAGGCUCAGCAAAGGCAAAUUGAAGACUUGGAGCAAAAACUGGAGGAUUCAAGGCGCAAUAUGAGAUACGUCGAGCAUCAGUUUGCAAUUGUUAAAGAUGAAAAGGAUGGCUUAGCAGUAAGUCUAAAGGAGUCAAGUCGAUUGGUUGAAGAGGCCAAGGAGAGAGAGGUUCAAAUGCAAAACAAACUGAAGGCAAUGGAGCAGCAUGUAAAGGUCCUUAUUGACAGAGACCAAGAGAACACGAAGAAGCAGAGGGUGGCAGAGGCUGCAGUGGACAGCAUGAAGCAGCAGAUGCUUGAGCUUUGUCGCUCUGACACCUUGUCCAGAACACGGGAGCAGCAUGACAGAGACCUUACCGUCAUAAAGGAGCAGCAUGACGCUGCACUGUUGAUACUACAGCAGAAACUAGACUCUACUUCUCAAGCUCUGACUGAACAGAUUGAAGUUAGUCAGCGGUUAGGAGAGCAGGUGAAAAAGCUGGAGCACCAAAGAGAAGAAGAACAACUGGAGAGAGCCCGAGUCGUCAACACCCUCACUCAGCGUCUGGAGGAAAGUCAACAACAGUGUGCCAAGCUGCUGCAGACAAGUUCAGUGCAGGAGAUGACUCAGAUGCAAAUCAAACUACAACAGGCUCUAUCAGCCAAGGCACUAAGUGAAAACAUGAGCAAAGUCUUGCAGGAGGAUAUGUCUGAUUUGAAGGAGCAGAUCAGUCUGUAUGAAUCUGCUGUGAAACAUGGCGUUAUUGCAUUAGACCUGAGCAGCGACUGGGAAAACCAAAUGUCUGAAUCCUGUGUGGAUUUAGGAUUAAAGAAAACAAACAGGAAAAAUGGACUGCUUCACAGUACUGCCCUGACUCACCUGUCGGACUCCAAGCUGCCCAAAGAUGAAGCUUUACGGCUGCUGCGAGUGGAGAUGCAGCGCUGCCUGAGUAGUCUGAAGGGGAAGCGGCAGAAGAUCAGUCAGCUGCAGGAGGAGCUCCAGCUCUGUCAGGGUCAAGUGAACGAGCUGCAGACCCAGUUAGAUGAAGCCAAGCUCAGUUCUUCGGUAAGACAGACCAGCCAGAUGAAACAUCUAGACAUAACUGGAGAGUCCCAGAAAGAGUUCAUGAGACUCCAGGAAGACAAAAGACUCUUGCAGGAACAAGUGGAGGCGCUGGAAAAGAAGAAUAAGGAGCUGAAACUGAGUGAAGAGAAGGUGAGGUCUGCCAACUUUGAGCUUUGCUCCAAGAUGAGGGAGAUGAUCCAGGAACUGGACCAAGAGAAGCAAGAGGCUUCUGAAAGGUCUGAGCGGAUUCAUCAACAGUAUAGGGAUGACGUGGUGAACCAGAUCAGAACAGAGCUCAUGCUGGAAAAUGACGCUUUGGUUGAACAGCUGACCGCACAGCACCAGAAGCAGUUCCAACAGCUAGAGAUCCAGCUGUCAGAGGCCAAUGAUAAGAUGUUGGCCGUGCAAGAGUGUUACAUAUCUGUCUGCAAGGAGAAGGACAUGCUUGAAGAAAGAAUGCGCAACAGAGAGAAGGAGGAAGCUUUGAUCAGAGAAAAUGAGCAAAACAUGAGAGAGGAGAGCGGUACAGCUGUGGAGAAGGUGAAGGCUGAGCUUGAGGCUCAGCAUCAAGCCUCAAUAAACCAGCUUAAAGCUCUCUGGUCCAAAGAAAAGGAGACCGAGAUCCAGCUGCAGGUGAACUCUCACGUAGCCUCGGCCAAGGCUGCUUGGAAGGAGGAGCUGCAAAAGAUGGAGAAGACCUGGGACCAGAGGCUGAAGGAGGCUAGGAGGGAGAAAUACAGAGAGACUGCUGAGACAGCCUGUCAGGCAGAUGAGACUGAGGCCAGCAGUGUCACAGUUAGUGUUGAGGAGCUGGAGUCCAGGCUCAGAGCCCAAAAACAGCAGCUACAACUCGACGCUGACAAGGUUAAACGCAAAGCUGUGGAAGAAGCAAGGAAACAAACCCAGAGAGAGCUACAUGAGAAACACCUGGAGGACAUGGCCAAACAGGUUGAAGGUGCAGUCACAAGAGCCUACCAUCGCUGGAUUGAGGAUUUGACUUCAUUACCAGAAUACCAAGCAGCUCUCCAAACGGAAAGGGAGAAAUGGGAAGAACUACAAGAACAAUGCACAGAACAACAGGUGUCCCAAGCCCUGAGGGAGGCAGAGGGCCAGUGGCAUAAGAAGCAAAAGAACCAGCAGGAGGAACAAAGCUCUGGAAACCAGAGGGUGGAGGAGCUCCAAGAGGAGGUGGCAACUCUCCAGACUCGGCUGGAGCAAGUGAGGAGAGAGCAAGCUGCCCUGCUGAAGGCUGAGCUGGCCGGAGCUAGAGCAGUCUGGAACCGAGACAAACAACAGGAGAUCUCUGCCAUCCAGGUCCGCAGUGAGCAGGUGUACCAAACCAAGCUGCAAGAGCAGCGCAGAAAGCUGGAGCAGGCUUUACAGCAAGCCAGAGAGGAUGCGGACCUCCAGAAGAAGGAGAUGCUCCUGCAGAUGGAGGCCAGGCUACAACAGACUCUGGGGGCCCGAGAGGAGGAGUGGAGAUGUCAACAUGCAGAGAAAGAGCAGGCCCAGAUACAACAGAUGAGAGAUGAAAUACGAGCAGAGAUUCAGACUGGUCUGGCAGAGGUCCAGGCAUAUCUUCUCAGGGAUCCCAAAACAGAUCAGCAGGGCACUAAAGACAUCAGGAGGACCAGCGGGGCCACAUCAGAGGACACAAUAACACACCUCAUCCAAACGUCCUGCAAAGACAUAGCCAACAGAGCAGUAUCUCAAGCCAAGAAAGAAUGGAAGAAAAUAAGUGAGGAGAGACUGACCCGUGUGUUAAAAGAAACACAGCAACAGCAUGAGAGAGAAAUCGACAAAAUGCAGAGCUGUUUGUCCCAGAGGAAGGAACAGGCUUGUUGCAGGAAAGAGUGCACUGAGACUGUAAGUAAGCUGCAGAAGAAGAACCAGGAGCUCCAGAGACACUUGGAGAAGGCCUGUCGUCACCUCCAGCACAGAGUUCGAGAGCACAAAACUGUCAUGCAGCAUCUGAAAGAUGAGCAUGAAAGGAGCCUACAAAAGGCAAAGGAGGAACAUCUGCAGCAGCUAGAGGAAGUGAAGAGAGCCAAAGAAUCCUCGGGUUCUGAUCACCAACAAAGUCUCCAGCAAGGCCUCGAGGAGAUGAAGCAGCAGUACCUGAUGACUGUAGAAAAAAUCAGAGGAGACAUGCUGCGUUACCUCCAGGAGAGUCGGGAGCGAGCAGCGGAGAUGAUCCGCAUGGAGGUGCAGAGGGAGAGACAGGACACUGCCAGAAAGAUGCGGCGCUAUUAUCUGACCUGUCUGCAGGAGUUACUGGAGGAUGGAGGAAAGACUACAGGCAGGGCUGAAAAGAAAAUAAUGAAUGCUGCAAGCAAGCUUGCAGCCAUGGCUAAAGUGCUGGAGACGCCGAUCAAAAGUAAAUCUGGAAAGAACUACAGUUUACAAAGUUGUUUCACAGCCGUGUCCACAGCUGACUGCGCUCCAGGAGUGCACGCAGGUUUCAGUAAGAACCUGCCAGCACUAACUGAGCUUCCUGACACCUGGCCAGAGGACAGAUCCCUCAGGGGGAAGACUUCUGCUGAUUCAGAACAGAAAGAAACGGCUGCAGGAAGGACUAAACCUUUAAGGCACCAGGACAUUUGCUCUUCUGGGAAAAAGGAGGCCUCCGUAGAUGCAGGACUGAAACCCCAAACUGCUGCUCACACACACCUCCGCUCUAACAAACCUUCCCAACAUGUGGCUUCUCCAUCCCAGGUGGAUUGUGUCAGUGUGUCUGCGAGGAGUAAAAGUAGGGAGCUGUACCUGCAGGGAGCUGACUCCAGCAAAGCAAACAACCGCCCCGACUCAGAACGACAGAACAAACCCUUCGUCCUCAUCCAAGAGGCUCCUGUAAGAGACGAGAAACGGACCGACUGGAGCAUGACCAGUAGUGACUCGGACAUGGGCUUCCAGGUUUCCAGGCACUCGUACUCGGGAAGGAAAGUAGAACCAGUGAAGCCAUUUUCUAUCUCUGCUGCAUCAACCAGCGACUUAGGAGAGUUUGGUGGCCUCACCCCGGAUCUUUCUGACAUGACUGUUUAUAAUGAAAUUGCCAAGAAGACACCUCACACCCAGACCUUGAACCAUGCAAAGGUGAAUACACACAGAGAGCCCACCCCUGGCUCUGAGGCUGAGAAGCAGCAUGGAGUUUGUUCCAGGCCUCUGUUCUCUGAGUUGAGACAGCGCCAGCAGGACAGCGGCUUUGAUAGCCCGUUCUACCAACAAAAAUAACAAUGUGAAAUAAGGAAAUGAACUUAAAACUGACUUGACAAUUUCAGUUGGCUUACCAAAUAGUGCCUUUAAUACAGUGUAUAAAGUUUACAUGAUGUAGAACUUUUGCCUUCGUAGCUGCUUGCGGUGUGUUUGUGUGUAUAGUGUUUGUUCCAGUGUAAAAGACACUCCGGUUACAUUUUGUACCUCUCUGUCCCGGUCUAGAUCAUCUCUCACCUCUGGCAUAAAUAUUGGCUUGUUUCUUUUGGCCUCUCAUUAUCCUUUUUACAUUUCAGGGGGGUUGAUAAAUACAGCCUUGAUAGAUAAAAAUGUGUUUAGAAAGAGAGCUCUUUUUUUUUUUGUAGGAAAGGUGUUUAUGAUGAUAUUUCACUUCUAACAAACAUUUCUGGUUUUGCUUCUCAGUGUCGACUAAUGAAAGUUAAUAUUCAAGAGUGUUCAGGUAUUUCUUUGCACUUUGAAGAAAAUGUUUUCAGGUCAAAAGUUGUUUCUCUGCCCACAUUUUUUAAAUGAUACCUUGAAUGAGAGAUAUGUUAAUAAGCCUGUAUGAGUACAAGAUGAGGUGCAGGUUUUUACAAAGCUUAUGUCAACCUGUGUUCUGUUUUCUCUCUGGGAUUUGUAGGAUUUAGAUUUCAGUGUGUCUGUGUUUUUAUAUUUUGAACUAUUUUAUAUUACAUUAAUGAGAUAUGCUGUGCAUACAUUAUGAAUGUUUUUAUAUAUUGCUUUAAAUCAUUUUAAUAAAUCUUAUCACCUUAUGGCAAACUAAGAA